AUGUGGAUAAAGGUCCCUACAAGCCAGAUGAUGGAUACAGAAGACACUCAAAAUGUAACGGAACUAGCUCUAGCUUUAGCCAAGAAUGCCAUCGCUGCUGCUAUCAAGUCCAUGGAAGAAGCCGAAAACCCCAUCAAAAAUAUCGACUGGAUCACACAGGGUGAAUUCACAGAAGAAAGGGGCCGUAAACAAAUUGAGAAAUUCAUUUCGAACUGGGAGUAUCAACGCCACUGGGUGCACUACACAGAGUUUUUAAAGACGGAAGAUGUGAUUCACGGCCGCCACUACAUCUACCAUGUACACUGGAGCAUCCCAACUGCUCGGAGACCCAUAGCACGAACCACUGCCAGUGUCUACUUCACCAUCAAGAUCAACACAAACAAACCUCCGGAUACACCCAUUGAUGUCUCUUACGUCUUUGAGAGCCAUUCAUUGGUUCACAGACCAGGAACGACUCACUUUCAAGAAAAAUGCCUGAGGGACAUUAUUGAAGCCAAAUAUAUUUUAAUGAAUUCAAAUAUCUUCCAAUUCAACCGUGUCAGAAUCUUCCAGAAUAUUUAGGGAUAGAUUUCUCAUCGGAGUGUGUUAAAAAUACGAUACUGCACAUCAAACCACAGAAUAUUUAUUGAAUAAUAAACUUGUGGCACACAAUCCAGCUGCAUUGGUUUUCUUUGCAUUCAUUCAUUUUCCAGUUGGCAACUUCCAUCACAUUAGCAGAGUAACCAGUAAGUUGUCUUCUGUUUUCUAAAAGGUUUUUCCCAUCACUAUCUGCAUCACUCAGAGUCUUACAGGUACAAAAGCUGAGUUUAGGGAGUUGCUAAAAUUCACCUGUCAGACCAAACUGAGAUUGGCUGCUUGUUCCCCCAUUUGAGCCUAAGUCUCUAGCCUGGACACACCUCUUUCAUGGGCACAACUAGGGAACAGAAAAAUGGCAACAGUUCUACAGCUCAUAAUAUAACCAGUCUGAAGGGUUUCCCUACUCACAGACCCCUUUAUUUACUGCAAGUUAAGCCUCACUGUUAAACAAUACAUUCUGAAACUAUGAAACUGGGCGUGAUGCCUAACACAACACAGCAUCACAACUGUGACGGCACCAGGGUGGCUUGAGGAUUGGGUGCAAUGAAACAGGGAAGGUUCAAUCGCCACCCUUACUAUUUCCUGUCUUCUUCCCAUCCUCACACCAGAUCGUUCCUACCAUCCCCGUGAGGCUGUCUUGCCUGGCUGCAAGGUUUUAAAACACCAAAGACAAAAUUAUGAGUGAUUACUUACAGGUACAUCAGUAUAUGUAUUUACGUACCCAAGCACUGGAAGGGAACACAGAAUACUAAAGACAAUUGAUGGGGUAAGACUGUGGGUAAUUUUUCUUUCUUCUUCUUUUUUAACUGUUGCAUUUGUGCAAAUUAAAAAGGAGGGAAAGGGCUUCCCUGGUGGAGCAGUGGUUGAGAGUCCACCUGCCAAUGCAGGGGACGCGGGUUCGUGCCCCGGUCCGGGAAGAUCCCACGUGCCGCGGAGCGGCUGGGCCCGUGAGCCAUGGCCGCUGAGCCUGUGCGUCCGGAGCCUGUGCUCCGCAGCGGAAGAGGCCACAGCAGUGAGAGGCCCGCGUACCACAAAAAAACAAACAAACAAAAAAAAAGGAGGGAAAAUCUAAUCAGAGCAACAGGUGAGGAGGGGGGAAACUAGGUAAGUCUCCUUGGAGAACAAAAAAGUAUAUUUCAAAUACAAUAGCCCUCCCAUUUGAUUUAUGGCUCAGGUGACUAAAACACAGUUUGAAGCAGUAACUUUAAUAGGCUGAAAAUAAAAUACUUUUAGCCCUUUUAUUCUUCCCUCCUCUUUCCCAAAGAACAUGCUACUGAAGCUAUUCUUUGGCAGAUCUUUCCUGAAAAAACCUUGAUGAAAGAUAUGAUAAAGUUCUGAAAUAAAUUAAUAUAUUUUCCUUCAUUUACUCAACAAGCACUUGUUGAGUAUCUACUCUGUGGAGGAGACAGGAGAAUCCAAUGAAAAUCCACAAUAUUCAUAUAUCACAAAAUUGCUGCAUUUAAACUACCUUGCCUACUGAAUGAAAAUCAGAGGACAAACCCAUUCAGUCUCUAGGAACCAGUAACAAAAAGUAAUGUUCUUAGAGAACAAAAUUUUUAUUUUUAAAAAUUUUUUUGGCCACCUGCACAGCUUAUGGGAUCUUAGUUCCCCGACCAGGGAUUGAACCCGGGCCCUCGGCAGUGGAAAACGCCGAGUCCUAACCACUGGACCACCAGGGAAUUCCUGAGAACAAAAUUUUUAAAUGGGGAAUAUAAAUUUAGGUUUUAUUACACAGGGAAGUGGAUGGACUAUGACUCACAAAUUUGGGACCUAGUUUCCUUUUAACUUUUGGAAAUAAUACAUUUAUUAGGCUAGGCAACAAUGAUGAUAAAUCGAAAUCACUUCAAAUUCAGGGAUCAUAAAUGUUGCUACAUGCCAACUGGCUGUUUGGUUCAUUAAUUGUGGGUUAAAGUUAGACAUUUUCCUAGAACAUAUGUUAAGUAGUAAAAAUUUUAUCUAUACUUUGAUAAAAUAUAUAAAGUAUAUUCUCACUGC